GAGUAUUUUAUCGAUCAGCUGAGGUCAGAUGGAGUUGUUCAUCUUCCUCGGCGUGUUACCAAUGAAGUUAUAAAUAAUACUCGAUACGAAUUUUACACUCAAGGAGGAGUGAUAUUUGCUAGAAGUCGAAUCCUUGUGGUAGAUUUCCUUACUGACAGAAUUCCUGCAAACCUCAUUACUGGCAUUUUGGUAUACAAAGCACACAGAAUCAUUGAGUCCUGUCAGGAAGCCUUUAUCUUGCGACUUUAUCGCCAGAAGAACAAAAGUGGCUUCAUUAAAGCUUUUACAGAUAAUGCAGUUGCAUUUAACACCGGCUUUUGCCACGUGGAAAGAGCGAUGAGAAAUCUUUUUGUCAAGAAACUUCAUCUGUGGCCAAGAUUUCAUAUAGCAGUGAACUCAUUUUUAGAGAAGCAUAAACCUGAAGUGGUGGAAAUACAUGUGUCAAUGACCCCUGCUAUGGUUGCUAUCCAGACUUCAAUCCUUGACAUCCUGAAUGCAUGUCUGCGAGAACUCAAACGUUACAAUCCAGUUCUUGAAGUAGAAGAUUUGUCUUUAGAAAAUGCUAUUGGUAAACCUUUUGACAAGACAAUACGUCACUAUUUAGAUCCUCUCUGGCACCAACUUGGAGCUAAGACAAAAUCUUUGGUCCAGGAUUUGAAGAUACUACGUACUUUGCUACUGUAUCUAACUCAGUAUGAUUGUGUCACUUUCCUUAAUCUUCUGGAGUCACUGAAAGCAAGUGAAAAAGCUUUUGGUGAGAAUUCAGGUUGGCUGUUUCUUGACUCCAGCACUUCAAUGUUUGUAAAUGCUCGAGCUAGAGUUUAUCGCAUUGCAGAUGAGAAACUGCAUCAGAAAGGCAAAGGCUCUGAAAAAAGUGGUGUGAAGAAGGAAAAUGAACUGAAAAGGGAAUUGGUUCUAGAAAGUAACCCAAAAUGGGAAGCUUUGAGAGCAGUGCUGAAAGAGAUUGAAAAUGAGAAUAAGAACAGUGAAGACUUUGGUGGUCCAGGGCAAGUGCUUAUUUGUGCCAGUGAUGACCGAGCUUGUGCACAGCUCAGGGAGUAUAUUAUUGCUGGAGCAGAAGCUUUUUUAACGAGACUGUAUAACAAAACCUUCGGAAAGGAUGAGAAAGCUGGAGAAGCAUGGAUUAUGGACAGAAAAGCCAUCAAGUCCAAAGGAAAUGCCAGACCAGAUGGAGGGCCUCAAGCCAAAAAAGCCAAAUUCGCAGCUUCGUCAAAACAAAGCAAACCCAAGAAGCAGCAAGACCGGACUAUAAUCCAAAUGAUAGGGAAAACUGAGGAGGAAAAGAGAGAGGAGGUGGAGGUGGAAGAUAACAAAGAAUUAAGCAGUAACCAAGAAAGCAGUAUUGACGAGACCAUUCCUGAAGAUUUCCAUGUGAACUUACCCUCUGAUUGUUACUAUGGCAUUUUCAAGAACCCGCUCACAAUCAUUCAUCCGCUGCAGGGCUGCAGUGAUCCCUAUGCACUCACUCGGGUCCUGCAUGAAGUAGAACCAAGAUACGUUGUGUUAUAUGAUGCAGAGCUGACUUUUGUUCGGCAGCUGGAAAUCUACAAGGCCAGCAGGCCGGGAAAGCCUUUGAGAGUUUAUUUCCUCGUAUAUGGGGGCUCAACAGAAGAACAGCGCUACCUCACAGCUCUGAGAAAAGAGAAGGAGGCCUUCGAAAAGCUUAUUCGAGAGAAGGCCAGCAUGGUUAUUCCUGAAGAAAGAGAAGGAAGAGAUGAAACAAACUUCGACCUAUUAAGAGAUGCUAAUCCUGCUUCUGCUGUUCCUGACACACGCAAAGCAGGUGGCCAGGAACAGAAAAGUGUUCAGCAAACUAUAAUAGUGGAUAUGAGGGAAUUUCGUAGUGAGCUUCCAUCGCUGAUUCAUCGUCGCGGUAUUGACAUUGAGCCUGUUACUUUGGAAGUUGGGGAUUAUAUUUUAACUCCUGAUACCUGUGUGGAGCGGAAAAGUAUCAGUGACCUGAUUGGCUCCUUGAACAACGGCAGGCUAUAUGCACAGUGCGUUUCCAUGUCCCGUUACUACAAGCGUCCAGUUCUCCUGAUUGAAUUUGAUCCUAAUAAACCUUUCUCUUUGAUUCCACGUGGCUCUCUAUGUCAGGAGAUUUCCAGUAAUGAUAUUACUUCUAAGCUAACCCUUCUCACACUCCAUUUCCCAAAGUUACGUAUCCUGUGGUGUCCCUCUCCCCAUGCUACUGCUGAGCUGUUUGAAGAGUUAAAACAGAACCAUCCCCAGCCUGAUGCAGAAACAGCGAUGGCUGUCACAGCAGAUUCUGAAAUUCUUCCCGAGUCAGACAAGUACAACCCUGGUCCUCAGGACUUCCUGUUAAAAAUGCCAGGUAUUAAUGCAAAAAACUGCCGUGCCUUAAUGAACCAUGUUAAAAGCAUUGCAGAGCUGGUGACACUAUCAAAGGACGAACUCCACAAAAUCUUGGGUAAUGCUGCCAAUGCCACGCAACUCUUUGACUUUAUUCAUCUGACCUACAGAGAGGCAGUAUCUAAAGAAAAAAGCAAAAGGUGA